UUGGACGAGGGGUCCCUCGAGGCGAAGAUCCUUCUGAACACUGCCUCCAGCUUCAUGGGCCUCUGCGAGCACCUCCGGAGGGUGGAGCAAAUGAGGGAGGCGAAAAGCGCGGCCGAAGGUGAGGCCGCCCUCCUCAGGAAGAAACUUACCGAGGCUGAGGACUCUCUUCGCCUGGCUACCGAUGGCAUGGAGCAGCGGGUGCAAGCUGCGAGGGCCGAAGCGGUGAAUGAGGGUCUGGCCAGGGCCGGGGAGGCUGCUGCCAAGGCCGCCCGCAUUGCUGCUGAUGAAGCCCGCGCGGCUCAAGAAGAGGCCGUCUCUAGAGCCCGGGAGGAUGCGGUGGCCAGCUUCACUGUCGAGGGAUGGAAGGCUGAAGAUCGGAAGGAGUGGCUCUCUUCGGUGGUGGGGGCUUCGGUGGACGAAUGGGUUGGAGGCCCCGGUAGGAUGUGGCUUGCUGAGAGGGGCGACUCCUACUACCAAGGCGGGGAGUUCUUCACCCAGCGCCUCAUUUACCGGAAGCUUGCGAGGCAUUUCCAGAUCGCACCGGAGGCGUUCCAUCCCGAGGCUUAUGGCCUCCCCCCUCGUCAGCCAUACGUCAGGAUCCCGC